ACCAUGUCUCCCCAUAUCCCAAUCGCCCAUGGCCACAACAUCCAAGCCUACACAUACUGGGACUCUCCCGUGCCAGCCGUUUUCGCUGGACAAAACUUUACAGAUCCCGUCAUCUUCAACCCUACUACAUUCACCUUAAUCACUACACAGAACGAAGCCGUGCUCGUUGAUGCCCCUGCAGUUAGGUCUCGAGCCGAGCCAGUUGCGACUUGGAUUGCUGAAAUCAUCGAACACCGAAAGUUGAGCACCAUUUACAUUACUCACGGCCAUGGCGAUCACUUUUUCGCCGCUGAAGCUCUCCAGGAGCACUUUCCAGAUGCCUCCAUCCGCGCAACUCAGGGCACUUAUGAGCACAUGCUGGAACAGCUUGCUCCAGAAUUCUGGGAUGGCUUGUGGGUUCCUACAUUUCCUGAGCUGGGAGAAAGCCCGAAGCCCAACCCCAAAGUCCAUGUCCUCCCAGAAGGACAAGAUUGCUUUACAGUAGAUGCCCACGAGUUCCGCGCUGUUGAAGUUGUUGGUGGUGACACUGCUUCAUCAACCGUUCUUCAUGUACCCUCUCUAGAGCUGGUUGUUGGAGGAGACGUUGUUUACGGAAAUAUUUAUCAAUACCUCGCUGAAAACACAACGCCUGAGCUCCGUCAGAACUGGAUAGAUGCCAUUGACCAGAUAGCCAAGCUGCAUCCCAAGGUUGUCGUGCCCUCUCACCGUCAAUCCACGGACGACUUUGGGCUGGAGCACUUGAAGGCCACCCAGGAUUACAUCCGAACGUGGACAAAGCUUAAUGCAGAGACCACCACUUGGCAGGAGUUGGAGGCGGCUGUCCAGAAGGCAUACCCCAAGAGAUAUGGAAACUACAUUCUUCGUAUUUCGGAGCUGCUCUUGAUGCACCGCAUAAUACUCCGAUCCAACUCCCUACUGCCAACCAAUAGAGUCACAAUGUCCACUGUCACCCCCCUCUCCAGCAAAGAGUCUUUCGCCGCUGCACUCGAAGCAGCCUUCAAUAGCCCCGACGCCUCACUCGAAGAAAUGAUCCUCAACAUUUACGUCAAAGAAGCCGUCAUCACCGUGAACAUGAACCGGAUGACAUGGGAAGAAUUCAUCCCGUACAUAAAAGCCAUCCGCGCUAGGACAACUUCGGUUGACAUCAAAUCGCAUUAUCUUCUACGAGACGGAAACCUGUUUUCUGAAAGACACUCUGCCUAUGGACACGGAAAAGAUGGGACGGAGACUAAUGCGGAGGCGAUGCUUAUGGGCGAGGUGAAUGAAGAAGGCAAGGUGAUUUGGUUGGAGGAGAUUGCCAUUCUCAAUUCGGAUGCGGGCUCGGCUGCCUCAAAAUCUACAUAGUUGCCGGAGGAGAAUAUGUCUCGAGGUAUACUGGGUAGAUUAAGAUGAACGUUGUGGAAAAUUGUUGAGAGUUGAGGUGGAAUUCGUUGCCAAAUAUCAUCUAUAACUGAACUCACCAAUAUUCUGCAUUUGAGCAAGGGUCCUCGUUAAAUCUC